UGAAAAUCCGAAACUCGAAUUGCUAAUUGGUUGCAAACAUCUUCCGGAUCGAAGAAUAAUUGCUGAUUCGGGCUGUCAUCACAGCUGUAAAUAUAUUUGAAAACUCGCCUUAGGGUUACGAGAAACGGAAGAACGUGGCGUUAUUUCUAUCAUCGUUUUGACAAAACUCGCACUCCCUUCCUUGACAUACGGUGAUAGUGGAUACCUGUAAUUAACGAGAACGAGUAUAUGAAACCAAAAAAAAUAUUUAUAGAAAACUAAAAAACAAAUCGGAAACAAAUCGUAAUAUCGAAUUAACAAUAGUUUCAAAAUUUCUCAACGGAAUAACACGUAUUUUUCCUAGUGCGCGAUAAAAAAGGACUUAACCUCAAUUUCGAAGAUGAAAAAUUUCCUUUUAUCGUUAUUGUUGUUGGGCCUCCACUAUCGGGCGAAUGCAUUUUCUAUUACGGUCGAUUCACAUGCCGAAGAAUGUUUUUUUGAAAGGGUCGAACUCAACACAAAAAUGGGUCUCACGUUUGAAAUAGCAGAAGGGGGGUUCUUGGAUAUCGACGUAAGAGUGGUUGGUCCGGAUGGUUUAGCAAGACUGCAGGGUGAGCAAGAAGGUCAAGGAAGAUACACUUUUGCUGCCGAUGUCCCGGGCGAAUAUACUUAUUGCUUUAGCAAUAAGAAGAGUACGCGCACACCUAAAGUGGUAAUGUUUAAUAUGGAGGUCAGCGAAGCGCCAAAACCUGUAGCCGAACAUGAAAAGUCUGCCGACGGUCAUGAAGCUACGAACGGCAAUCCUGCGAGCUUGGAUAGCAUGAUUAAGGAUUUGAGCGCAGGCCUGCGGGAAGUCAAGAGUCAGCAGGAGUACAUGCAGAUUCGGGACAGAAUUCAUCGUUCCAUCAACGAGAGUACAAAUUUCCGUGUUGUACUGUGGUCCAUUUUUGAGGCUACUGUGCUCUUAGCAAUGACUUUGGGUCAGGUAUACUACCUCAAACGUUUCUUCGAAGUGCGCAGAGUAGUUUAAUGUGCUUUUAAAAUAAACAUACAUCUAUAAUAUAAUAUGAGAAUAAAUCGAGUGGAAUUUCCUAAAUGAA